AUGUCUGAUCCACGAAAAAGUGACGAGUUGCCUGAUCCACAAAAAGAUAAAAAUUUUACUGCUGGAAGAGAUUCAAAUUCCGCUGUAGCGUCUCAUGCGCUUCCAAAACAUCAUUAUACAGCGGACCCCAGCGAAGUUCCUGAUGACAAACAAAAAUGGCAAGACCAAGAACACCGUGUACAUGUCGGUAAUGAUAAAAAAG